AUGUCAUCCAAACUCUUCUGGCUUUCUCUCUUCCUGUCUGCUUUCCUUGCCUCCUCCUCAACUAGGGCUGGCAAGGACGUGUGGAGCCUGUGCGGGAGCAGCAGGCAUCUCCAGAUAACCAGCGUCGUCCUCGAGCUUGAGGGCACCAUCGAAGAUGGAUACGUCGUGAUCAAGUCACUCGGGGAGGUGAAGGAGGUGAUAGCCAACGGAACCUUCACCUUUAGGAUAGAAAACUUGAACGAGGGCACAGAGAUCGCGUACAAGGGCCCGUACAGCCUCUGCUGUGCCUUCUUUGAAGGUUCCAACUGCUCGUGGGUAGGAGAGUAUCCACACCAGCAGCAGAUAGGAGGAUGUCCUGUCCCCGUCGGGCCCUUCAGCUCGAUGCUGCGCAGACCCUUGUGGAUCAAGUCAGCUGGAGUGUACAAGGCAGAAGUGAAAUUGUUCUCCGAGCUGGGAGAGGAGAUUUCGUGCUACGAGGUCAUGGCCGAACUGAACCGAACAGGAGGAAGAAGAGGAGGAGAAGGGGGAGAAGGAGGAGAGAUUUUGCAGCACAACUCUCUCGUCCCGAUGAAGUCAAACACGACAUCUUCAACCGACGAAGUGGAAGUGUCAGCGAAAGAGCGAGCUCAUCGUAGAAAGGUUGAAUCCUCCUCCUUUCUAUCGUCUAUCAUCGUCGUCAUCGUCGUCGUCGUCGUCGUCAUCGUCGUCGUCGUCGGCAUCAUCAUCAUCAUCAUCAUCAUCAUCAUCAUCAUCCUCUCCAUCCUCUCCAUCUCUAUCCUCCAUCAACUUCUUCUUCCCCAUCUUCCUCAUCGAGACGAGGAGGUUCAGGUCAACGACGCAGAGUUUCACUCCUUGCUGGCUGCUGGCAGGAACUGGUCAGGUCUCUAUCGAUCCGCAAGCUCAUGCGGACCAGGUUGCUGCUGUCUGAAUGACGAGAGGGUGGAGUUCACCUUCGUUGAGAAGGUGAUUCAGAAAGACAAUUACAACAGGGCAGAGAAGAAAUUCUGUCAGAGUUCUUGCCAGACCUUGAUCGCGGAAAGAAAGUUUGAAGACAACAACGUCGUCGUCACCAUCCGCAACGACCAACAUGUCAUGUGCGGGGAGCAGAAGUACAUCUGCGUCCAUGGUCCAUGUGCGGACAAGGUUGACAUUUCAGCUGGAAAAUGA